CUCGGGGCUGGGGCGCCAGAAGUGGGACUGGAGCGAAGUAGAGCGAUGCCAAGGAGGAAACAGCAGGCACCCAAGCGGGCGGCAGGCUACGCCCAGGAAGAACAGCUGAAGGAAGAGGAGGAAAUAAAAGAAGAGGAGGAAGAGGAAGACAGUGGUUCGGUAGCUCAACUUCAGGGCAGCAAUGACCCAGGGACAGACGAGGAGCUAGAAACGGGCCCCGAGCAGAAAGGCUGCUUCAGCUACCAGAACUCUCCAGGAAGUCACCUGUCCAAUCAGGACGCCGAGAACGAGUCCUUGCUGAGUGACGCCAGUGAUCAGGUGUCAGACGUCAAGAGUGUGUGCGGCCGAGAUGCCUUGGACAAGAAAGCGAGCGCGCACCCCAAGCUUCCAAACGAAGCCCACAGUUGCAUGGAUAAAAUGACCGCCGUCUACGCCAACAUCUUGUCUGAUUCCUACUGGUCGGGCCUGGGUCUUGGCUUCAAACUGUCCAACAGCGAGAGGCGCAAUUGUGACCCCCGAAAUGGCAGCAACAAGACUGAUUUCGAUUGGCACCAAGACGCUCUGUCCAAAAGCCUACAGCAGAACCUGCCUUCCAGAUCCGUGUCGAAGCCCAGCCUCUUCAGCUCGGUCCAGCUGUACCGGCAGAGCAGUAAGAUGUGCGGGACCGUUUUCACCGGGGCCAGCAGGUUCCGGUGCCGGCAGUGCAGCGCCGCCUAUGACACCCUGGUCGAGCUGACUGUGCACAUGAACGAAACGGGCCACUAUCAAGACGACAACCGCAAAAAGGACAAGCUCAGACCCACGAGCUAUUCAAAGCCCCGGAAAAGGGCUUUCCAGGAUAUGGACAAGGAGGAUGCUCAAAAGGUCCUGAAAUGUAUGUUUUGUGGCGACUCCUUCGAUUCCCUCCAAGACUUGAGCGUCCACAUGAUCAAAACAAAACAUUACCAAAAAGUGCCUUUGAAGGAACCAGUACCAACCAUUUCGUCGAAGAUGGUCACUCCGGCAAAGAAACGCCUCUUUGACAUCAAUCGGCCGUGUUCCCCCGAUUCGACCACGGGAUCGUUUGCAGAUUCGUUUCCUUCUCAGAAGAACGCCAACUUACAGCUGUCCUCCAACAAUCGCUACGGCUACCAAAAUGGCGCCAGCUACACCUGGCAGUUUGAGGCCUGCAAGUCCCAGAUCUUGAAGUGCAUGGAGUGUGGGAGCUCCCACGAUACUUUGCAGCAGCUCACCACCCACAUGAUGGUCACCGGUCACUUUCUCAAGGUCACCAGCUCUGCCUCCAAGAAAGGGAAGCAGCUGGUGCUAGACCCACUCGCCGUGGAGAAGAUGCAGUCGUUGUCAGAUGCCCCAAACAGUGAUUCCCUGGCUCCCAAGCCGUCGAGUAACUCAGCUUCUGACUGCACAGCGUCUACAACUGAGUUAAAGAGAGAGAGUAAGAAAGAGAAACCAGAGCAGAUCAACAAGGAUGAGAAAGUCAUGAAAAGCGAGGACUGUGAAGACCCUCUACAAAAACCUUUAGACCCUACGAUAAAAUACCAGUAUCUAAGGGAGGAGGAUUUGGAAGACGGCUCAAAGGGUGGAGGGGACAUUUUGAAGUCGCUGGAAAAUACUGUUACCACCGCCAUCAACAAGGCCCAAAAUGGGGCUCCCAGCUGGAGCGCGUACCCCAGCAUCCAUGCCGCCUACCAGCUGUCAGAGGGCACCAAGCCUUCUUUGCCGAUGGGCUCCCAGGUACUGCAGAUUCGACCCAACCUCACCAACAAGUUAAGGCCAAUUGCACCCAAGUGGAAAGUAAUGCCGCUGGUUUCUGUGCCCACAAGCCUGGCCCCACACACGCAAGUUAAGAAGGAGCCGGAAGACAAAGAUGAAGUGGUGAAGGGGUGUGGGAAAGAAAGUCCCCACGAAGAGGCAUCCUCUUUCAGCCACAGCGAGGGGGGUUCUUGCUCCAAAUGUGAACCCCCUUCAGAAUCCAAAAAGGCUGAGCCUUGUCCCCUGAAGGAGGAGGACAAACGGAUGAAAGAAGGUGGUGAGAAAGAGAAACCCCAGCCCUUGGAGCCGGCAUCUUCUCUCAGCAACGGCUGUGCCCUCGCCAACCACGCUUCGGCCCUGCCGUGCAUGAACCCCCUCAGCGCCCUGCAGUCUGUCCUGAACAAUCACCUGGGAAAAGCUACGGAACCCUUGCGCUCUCCUUCCUGCUCCAGCCCAAGCUCAAGCACAAUGGCGAUGUUUCAUAAGUCGAAUCUCGGUGUCAUGGACAAGCCGGUUUUGAGUCCUGUCCCCACAAGGCCGGCCGGUGUGUCCAGACGCUACCUGUUUGAGAGCAACGAUCAGCCCAUCGACCUGACCAAGUCCAAAAGCAAGAAGGCUGAGUCCUCGCAAGCACAAUCCUGUACGUCCCCACCCCAGAAGCACGCUCUGUCUGACAUCGCUGACAUGGUCAAAGUCCUCCCCAAAGCCACCACCCCAAAGCCUGCUGCUUCCUCCAGGGUCCCUCCCGUGAAGCUGGAGAUGGAUGUCAGGCGCUUUGAGGAUGUGUCCAGCGAAGUCUCGACCUUGCAUAAAAGAAAAGGCCGUCAGUCCAACUGGAACCCUCAGCAUCUCCUGAUCCUGCAGGCUCAGUUUGCCUCCAGCCUCUUCCAGACCUCGGAGGGCAAAUACCUGCUGUCCGAUCUGGGCCCACAAGAGCGGAUGCAGAUCUCGAAGUUUACGGGGCUCUCGAUGACCACCAUCAGCCACUGGCUCGCCAACGUCAAGUACCAACUUAGGAAAACGGGCGGGACCAAAUUUCUGAAAAACAUGGACAAGGGACACCCUAUCUUUUAUUGCAGUGACUGUGCCUCCCAGUUCAGAACCCCUUCUACCUACAUCAGUCACUUAGAAUCUCACCUAGGUUUCCAAAUGAAGGACAUGGCCCGCAUGGCCGUGGAACAGCAAAGCAAAGUGGAGCGAGAGCUCUCCCGGGUAUCGUCGGCUCAGAGGUCACCGGAAACCAUAGCUGGCGAAGAGGACGCAGACUCUAAAUUCAAGUGUAAGUUGUGCUGUCGGACAUUUGUGAGCAAACACGCAGUAAAACUCCACCUAAGCAAAACGCACAGCAAGUCGCCCGAACACCAUUCACAGUUUGUAACAGAUGUGGAUGAAGACUAGCCCUGCAGGUAUGGGUUUUGCUCCCACGUGGUUGUGACAGUAACUUUGUGAGGAGCUUCUAGAAGGGAGAUGGGUCUAUUUAGAGGCAGCUGACAUCUCCCUAUACCAAGAGCACAGUAGCCUGCUGGAAUAGCACGAAUUUUUAUGGAAGACUAGAACAUGAUAACUAAGUCCUAGCCAUUCUCUCAAUUGCUCCGGUUCAGCAUUGGGAAAUAGAAUAAAAUGGGUUUAGAGAGAUGGGGCUCACAGGUUACUGCUUCUUGAUACCCAAGGCCCUCUUAGUUACCCAAGGCCCAACUUUCAAGGUCCAGCCAAGGCUACACCUCAUUUUAAUCGAUAAGUACUGACUUUUCUUACUGUCCCAUUUCACCACCUCACCUUCCGAGAGUAACGCGAAUGACUUACAAGGUGAUGAAAAUU